GUUUAGUAAUAUUAAUGGCAAGUGUUAACUAGAGAUAUUUAAUAAACAGUGAGUAUUAGUGUUUUAGUCGGUUUUUGUGUAAGCUGUGUUUACUACCAGAAAAAAGUUUAGGUAGCAUUUUUUUUUUGUCUUUGACUGUUUUCGUUUUACACAGAAAUUCCGCCAAUGUCCCGUAGUGAGCAUUAAAAAAAAUAUGUUCAGUUUUCUUUGACGGUGUCUAGACUAUAAAUUAAUACAUAAUGCUUGGUCUCCGAGUGCUCCUCUACUGUGCGCUGGUGAGCUGGUCUGCCGCGCAAGUCCAGAGGCGCCUGGGCAAGCUGCAAGAGGUGUUCGCGUGGAAACAAGUCACGUUUGAUAUAGAUGGCGUGUUGGUAAACCAAGACAGAGUGGAGCCUGUGCGUGGCAGAGGAAGACGGCAGGUGGACCCAGACGAUGUUUGGCAUUGGGGAGCACAACCUACAGAAGCACCAGGCGGCACUAAUCAAAAUAAUGGUACCACACCCACCAGAGUGCCUCCCGCCAGUGCAACCGACAAUAAUGGCAAUGGUGAUGAGAACAGUUUCUUCAUUCAGUACAACAAUGUCCCCAUGGGCAUGGAGCGCGUGGGCAGGAGAGUGUUUGUCUCUCUACCGCGGAGAAGAUACGGCAUACCUUCAACGUUAAACUACAUCGACUACAGGGGCGGUCCGCUGCCUCGCUCGCCGCCACUGAAGCCGUACCCUAACAUCCGCGACGCUCAGGACCUCACUUCAGUGUACAGGACGAGGGCAGACCAGUGUGGAAGAUUGUGGAUGGUGGACACUGGCAGACUGGAACUGAGGGGAACACAGCGUCAAUUGAAAACUCCAGCGAUAGUCAUAUAUGAUCUGUCUACAGACAGACAGAUACUUAGAUACGAGUUCAAGAGUACUGACCUGCCAGCUGAGAACACACCAACAGGUCUGGCGUCGAUAACCGUAGACAUCACUAACAACGACUGUGCUAAUGCAUAUGCGUAUGUCCCGGACCUGACGACCUUUGGGCUGAUAGUCUACUCGCUGCGGGAGAAUGACAGCUGGAGACAUCAGCACAACUACUUCUCUUUCAAUCCUGUCGCUGGGAACCUGUUUAUAGCUGACCAAAGCUUCCAAUGGAGUGACGGCGUGUUCAGCGUAACCCUGGUGCCCGGCAGUGGCGGCUGCAAGAAUGCAUUCUUCCAUUCUCUAAUAGGCACGGACGAGUUCUCAGUAUCCACGUGUGUGCUUAAGAACAGAACUGCGAUGAACGACCCUAACUAUUUCUCCAUGUAUUCCGUAGUAGGCAACCGCGGAGAAAGAUCCCAGACUACCAUGCACGACUACCACCCAGCCACCGGCGUAAUAUUCUACGCUGAAAUAGGAAGGGACUCAUUAGCCUGCUGGAACACGGCGCAAGCACUCCGUUCAACCAACGUGGCUAUAUUGGCACGAGACACGCGGCUACUCAGCUACCCUUCCGAUCUCCAUGUGACCGGUGAUGAGGUGUGGGUGAUGGCGAACACACUGCCACGCUUUGGAUACUCCAGAUUUGAUACGAACGAAUACAACUUUUAUAUCUACAAAGCCAGAGUUCAAGAUAUCGUAGCGGGCACCGUUUGCGGCGAAUCGAUGCAAAAUUCUGUAUGGAGUACUUGAAACUGAAACUUAUAUCUACUUCACUAUUUUUUAAUUAUUAAAAGACACUAGAUGAAUCUUAAAGUGUUAAGGACCGAUUUUCCGGCAAAUAAAUUUCAAUGGUUUUACCAGAACUAAUUUCAUGAC